AUGGGUGAGUACUGGGCUGGGAAGUGGGGUGCUCCUCGAUCAUGGUGGGACGAGCACAGUGCUGGAGCCAUCGUAUUUCCCGCCUCUCUGGAUGGAGGGUCACAUCUCAUCUUUUCUCCAUCUUUUCCCUUUCUAGCAGCCCAGUGCCUUCUACUCCUUGCUUGCGUGCUGGUCUUGGCUGCCCCAGGCCACUCCAGGCAUAUACAAACCCUAAAUAUCUUCAAGAAAUCUCCCUCCAACACUUCGGCGAGUGCUCUGAAGAAAACCAGUUGGCCCAGGGACUGCAGCGAGAUUCCCACUGGCAGCCCCAGUGACGUCUACAUCAUCCAGCCCACUGGCCUGCACCCCAUCAUGGUGUACUGCGAAAUGAAUGUGGCGGGUGGGGGCUGGACGGUCAUCCAGAGGAACCGUCAGGGCACAGAGAUCACCUGGGCUGAGUCCUGGAACACCUACAAGUACGGCUUUGGGAACGUGCGCAGCGAGUACUGGCUAGGCACUGAGUACAUCCAUCAGAUCUCCAGGCAGAAGGUCUACCAGGUCAGGUUUGUCAUCUGGGAUGCCUCAAACACCAUGAAGUUUGCAGACUACAGCCUCUUCAGCCUGGAAGAUGAGUCCCAUGGCUACCGGCUGACACUGGGAACGUACUCUGGGACAGCAGAGGAUGCCAUGGACUCAGACAAUCCCAGGAAUGUGCACAACAGCAUGAAGUUCUCCACAAAAGAUCGGGAUCAGGACACUUACAGAGGGAACUGUGCCUCCCGGUCUGGGGGCGGGUGGUGGUACUCAGCAUGUUAUUCUGUACAGCUGAACAUGAAGGGGGGCAUAACGUGGGGCAGCCUGUGCAACGGGAACUGCAAAGCUUCUGCCAUCCUCAUCAAACCAGCUCCGUACCACUAGUACUCUUUCCAGCUCCUGUCUGAACUGGGCACAUGGUCAGACCAGUGCCCUGCAGGGACCCGUUUUGCUGGCUAGGGGUGAAUAGGGUUGUUCCUGUACAUCAAGAGCUGUUUUCUUCUCCUCUUCUCUUGAAAAUUAGCAAAGCUUCCUGCUUUGUCUCUGGCCUUUAACUUGUGGUGGGU